AUGCAUGCCAGAUGGGUGACUUUUUUGCACAAAUUUUCAUUUGUUAUCAAGCAUACUUCUGGCACCUCAAAUUGUGUGGCUAACCCGCUGAGUAGAAGGGCUUCUUUGUUAGUUACUCUUACUCAAGAAAUUGUGGGGUUCGAGUGUCUAAAGGAUUUAUAUGAAGAUGAUGAUGAUUUCAAGGACAUAUGGGCUAAAUGUGCUGAUCAUAAGCCAAUGGCAGAUUUCUUUCUUAAUGAAGGGUAUUUGUUCAAGGCCAACCUGUUAUGCAUUCUUGUUUCCUCCUUAAGGGAGAAGCUCAUUCGGAAUUUUCACGGAGGAGGGUUGAGUGGCUACUUAGGCCUCAAUAAAACAAUAGCAGGAUUGGAGGAGAGAUUUUAUUGGCCACAGUUGAAGCGUGAUGUUGGAACAAUUGUGCACAAAUGUUAUAUUUGUCAGGUUUCGAAGGGACAUGUACAAAACACUGGAUUAUACAUGCCUUUACCAUUUCCUAAUGAUACCUGGCAGGAUCUUGCUAUGGAGUUUGUCCUUAGUUUGCCUUGA